AGGUAAAUUAUUGCGGUUCUUGCGUGCGAGUUGUUCGUCUGUAUCUUUAUUUGUUUACGUCUCUUAUCUUGUUCUCCAGAAAGUUUGGAUAGAGUAACCGUCCUGCGCCAGUCUUGGUUUCUUUUUUUUCUUCCCAGCUCAUGCACAGCGUUACGGUUCUGUAGAUUAUUGUAGCCUUUUGCCUGCAAAAGUUGCGAAUUGCUGACCCAAACUCACCCACACCCUCUCACGGACUAUCCACUUACACUGGGAACGAAAGCUCAUUGUUUUGUUGCGUGACGGUGAAACUCUUGUGCCUUUCUUCGUUUGGUAUGUUGCCCGCUUUAGCGUGAAGCGUUUUUUUUUCUGAGGGGGUCAACUUUUUAAAGUUCUCUUCAUAAAUAGCUGAGGAUCUCUUCUUUUUUGGUCUCUCACUGAGAGCAAUGAUGAGCUUUGGUGGAUUCGUCUUGGCGGCGACGCUGUACGUCAGUCUGGUCAUCGUCUUCAUCUCCAUGGGCAUCUACCUCAUCAGCUUCCGUUUCCGCAGCCAGCAGAAUCAAAUGCUUUAUUAUCCAGAGAUGCCACCGGAGAGUCGAGAGAUCUGCGAGGAUCCAGUGGCACUCGGGAUGCCUAACUCGGAACGCGUGACGGUCCUCACGGCAGACAAGGUGCGGCUGCGGGGGUUCAUGCUGUGGCCGAGCGCCGCGUCACACGGGCAGAAGGCAAGCAGCGCAGACUCCAACAGCUCGCUGACGUCGGCGCUAUCCCAAACCGCGGGAGCGCCCGGGCAGGUCUCCGUGCCUAUCCCCGGUGGCGGCAGCGGCGCACUCGAUAGCAGCGAUGAGCUUUCUCCUCCGUCUGUUACGGCGGCCAACAGCAGGGAGAGGAGUGACGGUGCUGGCGCGUGUGCGGUGCACCCCGCCGCGCCGUCCAGCGGCACCGCGCCGCCUUUUGUGCUCUUGUACUUUCACGGAAACGCCGGCAACGUCGGUCACCGGCUCUCUCUCGCGCAGGCCUUCGUGCUACACCUGCGGUGCGCCGUGAUGAUGGUGGACUACCGCGGCUUCGGCCUGAGCGACGACGUGGAGCCGAUACAGGACGGAUUAGAGCUGGACGCGCAGGCCUGCUUCGACCACCUCUGGCAGAAUUACCGUGUGCCGCGAGACCGAAUUGUCGUGAUGGGCACCAGCUUGGGCGGCGCCGUCGCCAUCCACCUCGCCGCGAAUGAGAAGUACGCACGCCGCAUUCAAGCUGUCAUUGUUGAAAACACCUUCACCUCGGUCGGGGACAUGGCGUCUGCGCUCGGCAGACCCAUCUUGGCGAGGUUAGUUUCGCGCUGCCCUGGCUUAGCGAUGGGUGUGUUUGAGUAUUAUAUAAAGCCGCUUGCCCUUCGCAUUGGGUGGCAUAGUAUCCGGAAGGUGCGGCAGGUGGCCGCACCGAUGCUGUUCUUAUCGGGCGGGCAAGACGAGCUCGUGCCGCCGGAGCAGAUGCGUGGGCUGUACAAGGAGGCGACGAAGUGCCUGCGCGACGGCGAUAAUGGCGAACUGACGGUGCCGCUGCGGCGCUUUCAAGGGUUCGAGCAUGGCAUGCACAACAACCUGCCGCUGAUGCCAGGAUACAUGAAUGUAAUUCAGAGGUUUCUAGCCGAUGUGAACCAAGGUAGUUCUUCCGGCGUCAUAUAG